ACGUUCAGGAGUAUACAUUGUGUCGAUAAUCGUCAUGACGUAGCACAUUUUUAGAUUUCACAAUUCUAUUUAGAAACAAACUGUGUGAUAGAUUAAUGAGUUUUAACAAUAACAGAACAAAGGGCGAAGAGUUCUGAUAUCGUCAAUCUAAUCGGAGUCAUCCGCUCAAAAUGAUGAAUUUUGAAGGAGAAAAAGGAUCUACAAGAUCCUCGUCAUCACGAAAUAUUUGUUGCUGUCUCACAACAGCUAGAUAUAACAGUUCAAAGUAAAUUUCCUAAUUCGUGUUUAAAUGAUUCUUACAUGAUCAUGAUUUCUCACUCGACAUUCAAUGCCAUGGUAGGACUUUUGUAGAUGCACAUUAACCAUAUUCACUUUUUAGUGUAUAUAGAUAUUACGUAGACGAUCCAACCUGAGUGUACUAUCAACUGAUGUAGACAGAUGAUAUGGACAAAUUACAGAAUCAGAAUAGUCACCAACUGAUCCAAUGUAGAUACAAUAAUAAUAAUAAUAAUAAUAGUAAUAAUAAUAAUAACAACAGGUUAACGGAAUAUUUUAAUUUGGAUAAUCGCAUAGAUGAUCCACUCCGUGAGCCGGAAGUAACAAUGAAUUUGAACGAAGGCUCAGCUCAAUUAUCAUUUCAUCCAUGGGAAGAACCAGAAGAGGAUUUAUUUGACUAUGAAAUUGAUACUUCGUAUCAAGAUAUGAAUACAGAAUCUGAGGAGCAAGUGGUACCAUCCAGUCAACUAAGUAAUAGUUAUAAAUAUCCCGAUGAACUUACCAUUUCUGAUGAUGAGGUAGAUGAAGGCAUAUUUGAAGAUGAACCAGUAUCUAAUUUAGUAUUGCCAGAUGACAAUAACAGAUACAACUCACAACCUCCGUGAAUAUCUACUUGACUGUAGUUGACAUGUUUGUAGAGUAGCACUUUGUGCUAAUUUGCUACCAAUAUCUAAUGUUAUUCAGUUUUCCAUCCAUCAGCAAAAAUCACAGAAUGUGUAAAAAGUGUUGUGGUAGUAACAUUAGAACAUUGAUUGCUGUUUUAUAUUAAAGUAAAACAUUCCAAGUGGCUUUUUAAUUCGUA